ACGUGCGAUUGUGUUGUGAUCUGCCGGGCGCGAACGGCGCAACGCUGAGACCGUUUGCGGUCGCGUACUACGUAGUACUUUUGUGCAACGCCGACGCAUCCCACGUUUCCGCCUGAGAAAGAUUAUAUGAUAUCAUGGAUUCUGAAGCCCAGCGCAUUAUGCUUUCUAUUAUUCAGGGCAAGUCGCCGUCUUCAACAGAAGCGGCUGUUCUGUCCACUUAUGCUACCCAAAAGCAAGCAAGUCUGAUGAUACCAGAGACCAGCAUCCCAGAUGCAGUGCUGCGUACCAGUUCGGCUGCCAAUAAGCAAAUACCAGCAAGUGAUGGAGGGUGCAUGGAGGCUGGACCAUCAUGCAUUCCAACUGGGGGUGGUGGUACAGAUGUAAUCCUGCAAAGAAGUUUGUCAUGCAUUACACCAGCACCAAAUAACGGGAAGGCGCAAGCUCAGGCGAGACUAUCGGGCAUCAGGAAAGGAGGUGGUGGUGAGUGCCUCAGCGUUUAGUGUUUCUGUUCACUGUCUAAAAUGUAUUUUCAUUCCAGCUGCUGAA